UACAAUAUAUCGUAAUUAGAACAUUCAGGUCAUUAUUUAAUCAUAUAUAGAUUGUUAAUACAAGAUGGCUAAAUCCAAGAACCACACCAAUCACAACCAGAUCAAAAAGGCACACCGUAACGGUAUCAAGAAGGCGAAGAUCCCUAAGAAGAUUUCUACUAAGGGAAUGUGCCCCAAGUUCUUAAGAAACCAGAAGUUUGCCAAGAAACACAUGAACUCUGCUGGGUCAGAUCGCAGCGAGUGAUUAUACACCACUUGUCAGAGUCAUUGUUGGCAUUUGUGACGUCUUAUGUUUAAACAAGCAUGAACGUUGUCUAAUGUGCCUUACUU